AUGCUGUCCACCGGCCCCCUUCCGCGGCGGCUGCGGUCACGGUUUGGCCUUCUUGUGACCGGUUUCCUUGUCGUCUUCGUGUUUCUGUCGCGACACAUCCUCUACACAGCCUGGACACUCGCGUAUAUGCCCAUGGUAUGGUCAAGAGACGCACCCGCAUUUGUCAUUUCGCAGGCGCUUGACAACUUCGACAUCACCUUUGCCGACUACAAUGCCUCCCAGACCGAGGCCGGCUUCGACUACCCCGACCGCGUGCCCCCGGUCAUGCACCACGUCGUGCUUGGCUCCCGUCCCGCGCUGCCCGCCUGGACCGAGACCCGCCAGAGCUGCCUCGACUUCCACCAGGGCUGGGAGACACACUACUGGACCGACGAGACCGCCGCCGCGUUUGUCGCCGACAAGUUUCCCGAGGUCAAGGCCACCUGGGACAGCUAUCCCUUCCUCAUCCAGAAGGUCGACGCCCUGCGCUACAUGGUCCUGUACGAGUACGGCGGCGCCGUCCUCGACAUGGACCUGCGCUGCAAGCGCGCCCUCGGCCCGCUGCGCCGCUUCGGCUUCGUGGCCAUCGAGGCCAUGCCCGUCGGCUUCUCGAGCGGCUUCAUGAUGGCCGAGCGCCACAACCCCCUGGUCGGCGCCAUUGUCGACAGCCUCAAGGCGUACAACCACCGCUGGCUGGGCCUGCCCUACCCCACCGUCAUGUUCAGCACCGGCUGCCACUUUGCCUCCACCAUCCACGCCCUCCAGGCCAACCGCAGCGACUACAAGGUCCUGCGCGGGCCCGACGACAACCGCGACAUGCACAAGCUCAACGGCAAGGUCUCCACCCCCAUCUUCGACCACCUCGGCAGCUCCGCCUGGCACUCCUUUGACGGCGCCGCCAUCAUCAUGCUGCGCAACGCCCUCCCCUACCUCCUGCCCGUCCUGCUCGUCGUCGGCGUCGCCUCCAUCGUCUUCGCCAAGCGCCGCCGCCUCCGCCUGCUGCAGCGCCCCGUCCCCCACAUGCGCGAGCUGCUGCGCCACCAGCACGACGAGCAGCAGCACGACAAGUACGUCAGCGGCAGCGAGUCCAGCAGCACCGACGGCGACGACUCGGACGACGAGAAGGUCUUCCGCGACUUCUCGCCGCGCACGGCCAGCAGAGACUACCCGUCGGAUGGCAGCAGGCAUGUUUGA